AUGGCUUUGGAAGGAGAAUGGUUUAGGCCUUAUCAAAUCUGUUUGUUUACUCUAUCCCCUUCUCUUUUUGUUCUUAGUGCUGAAUUACUAUCUGUUUUACUUAACAAAUUAUAUGGUGAUCUGAAUUUUAGGAAUUUUUAUAUGCAUAAGAAUGGUCCCAAGAUUAACCACCUUUGUUUUGCAGAUGAUGUUAUUCUUUUCACAAGUGGUAACAGGAAAUCCUUAAAAAGGAUCAUGCGGGUGCUGAGAACUUAUGAAGAAGCUUCUGGUCAAAUAGUUAACAAGCAUAAAAGUUCCAUAAUUCUCCAUCCGAAAGCUAGUUCAAGAAGGACAGACAGAGCUGCUAGACUAACUGGAAUGAAAAAAGAAUCCUUCCCCUUCCAGUACCUUGGCUGUCCACUUUAUUUGGGAAGAAAGAGAAUUUCCACCUUCUCUGGUAUGAUAGAUAAAAUCUUGGCAAGAACUAGGGGUUGGAAUAAUAAAUUUCUUUCAACUGGAGGUGGUGUUGAUGGUGCAAAAAGACAACACUGGGCAUCCUGGGAUAAUUUAUUUUUUCCCUAUACUGAGGGAGGAGCUAAUUUCAGGAAGCUCAUGGAUAUUUUUAAAGCUUAUAGUGGCAAACAAUGGUGGAGAUUUAGGACUCAAGACUCUCUGCAGAGUCAAUUUCUCAAGGCUAAAUAUAGUCCUAGAUCCCAUCCUGUCACUGUUAAAUAG